CCAUCUUAACUACAAUGAUGAAAACGGAAACCAAAAUGAAGAUGCAAAUGCUAUGUUUCUUGUUCUUCUCUUUCCUUGUUGCUUCAUCAUAUGCUCAAGUUAAACUUAAACAAAACUUCUAUCAAAACACUUGCCCAAAUGUCGAAUCAAUCGUUAGAUCUGCCGUCACUAAAAAGUUCCAGCAAACGUUUGUCACCGCUCCGGCCACUCUCCGCCUCUUCUUUCACGACUGUUUCGUUCGGGGAUGUGAUGCUUCGGUUAUGUUAGCAAAUGGAAAUGCGGAGAAGGACCAUCAUGAUGACUUGUCGUUGGCCGGAGAUGGAUUCGACACGGUUAUCAAAGCGAAGGCCGCGGUUGACAGCAAUCCAAGUUGCAGGAAUAAAGUUUCUUGUGCGGAUAUAUUAGCUCUUGCCACAAGAGAUGUUGUAGCUUUGACAGGUGGGCCAUCGUACAACGUUGAAUUAGGAAGGAGAGAUGGAAGAAUCUCUACCAAAAAAAGUGUUCAACACAAGCUUCCACAUGCAGAUUUUAACCUAGACCAACUCAACACCAUGUUUGCCUCUCAUGGUCUAUCUCAAACCGAUAUGAUUGCACUUUCAGGUGCGCAUACGCUAGGAUUCUCUCACUGUGGUCAAUUUAAAAAACGUAUCUAUUCAAAGGCUGGAAUAGACCGGACGCUAAAUCGACAGUAUGCUCUUCAGCUACGACAAAUGUGUCCAGUUAAUGUAGACCCUAGGAUUGCGAUUAACAUGGACCCUACCACCCCGCAAACUUUUGACAACGCGUAUUAUAAGAACCUUGAACAAGGGAAGGGGUUGUUUAGCUCGGACCAAGUCUUGUUCACGGACAAGCGAUCAAGGCCAACGGUUAAUCUAUUUGCUUCAAACAACAAUGCCUUUAAUCAAGCGUUUGUGAACGCUAUCACCAAGCUUGGCCGUGUUGGGGUUUUGACAGGAAACCAGGGCGAAAUCAGGCGUGACUGUACUAGAGUUAAUUAAAAAAAUGAUGAUUAUUUUUCUUGAAUAAGUAGCUACAAUUGUUCAAAUGUACCUAUGCAAGUAGUUUUCGAAGAACAGUUCGAUUAUGUUGAAUAUAAUUUGAAUAUAUAAUAAAUACUUUAUGUGAAUUGUGAUA